GGCUCUGAGCUCACACAGGUGCAGUCUUUCCAACUUUGGACUGUAGAAAUUCCCCAGAGACCAGCAGUCAGAUAAAAUUUCUCCAGUGCGGACCAACAGCCAAUCAGCAGAGUCUGUGACCAGGACAAAGUCCUCUUUACUGAGUCAUUUAACUCUCCUUUCCUUCCCUUCCACCUCCUCUGCGAAAGGUUUAAUGUUACACCCUCUGCGAGGCUUUACCUGUCCAGGUGAACUGCGCUGCUGAAAGUAAACGUCGCUCAGAAAUUCCUAUUCCUUGCAAUAAUGGCCUCCUCGGUGGAUCAAGCAGCAUCAUGACUUGUCUAACUGAGUAUUCAAGACGAAAGCAAAGAGUCUUAAGUUUCCAUGGCCGAAGCAUCAGCACCCCCUCUUUCCCCAUCAGACUGUGGGCUGUUGUCGCCCCCUCCUCCUGACCUGUGUGCGUCAUGUGGCCACAGACACCUGCUGGAGGAGAACCACGAGUAUCUGUACAAAGAUGAGGUGGACGAUGACCUGGUCUGUCACAUCUGCCUGCAGCCGCUCAUCAGGCCCUUAGACACACCAUGUGGACAUACCUACUGCCAGGAAUGUCUCACCAGCUUCCUGCUGGAGAGUGACUUCUGCCCCGUGUGCCGAGCCCCCCUCAUGCUGCAGACCUGUAGGAAACCCAGCCUGCUGGUACAUAAACUGCUGGACAAGCUGAUGGUAGCUUGUCCCUUCACUGAUCAUUGCACUGAAAUACUGCCUCGUGGAGAACUCGAAGACCACAUCAAGAGCAGGUGUAAAGGAGCCUCUCACUAUGGACUCUCAGCGGACAGGAAGCGACGCUCUCAAGAGGGCGAAUGUACCGACAGCACAUCAGAACUCACCAUCGCCACGUUACCCAAUGACGGCCCCACUUCGGCUGCAGUGGCUCUCCUGUCAGAUGAGCCCGGUCUGGUCAACCCUGCCUUUGACCCCAGCAUGGAGGACAACAGCCAGUCGGGCAGCACGACUAGUUUGGCUGCUCGCAGCAGCACCAAGAAGAGUGAGUUCAGAAAUUUUGACCGUUCUUCAGUAAGGAGUCGCUCCUUCAGGAGGUUGAAUCGGGCUUUCAGUGUCCUGCGGAGGACUAAGAGUGGCAACGCAGUCAGCAAUGAGACAUCUGAGGAGAGAGACAAUGCAAGGAAUUCCAGUGUGCCACAGGAAGUGCUGGCUCUUCCACAGCUCCAUCACCUGAUUCCUGAUGGUGAAGUUACCAGUAUUAAGAUCACAAGGGUGGAUCCUUCAGAGCCUCUGGCCAUCAGCAUUGUUGGUGGCAAUGAGACCCCUUUGGUUCGAAUUCUCAUCCAGGAUAUUUACAGAGAAGGUGUCAUUGCUCGUGAUGGACGCUUGCUGCCUGGGGACAUGAUCCUAAAGGUAAAUGGUAUUGACAUUAGCAAUGUGCCCCACUGCUAUGCCGUGGCCACCCUCAAACAGCCCUGCCAGCUUCUCCGGCUAACUGUGCUCAGAGAACAGCGCCACCGCUACCGUUCACACAGUCACCCUCAUAGCCAUGGGCAUGAUGUUGCUGGGGGGCACAUGUCUCACGUCCUACCCCAUCAUCCCUUAAGGGAUGACAGUAUCCACGUGGUCCUGAAUAAAAGCACUCCAGAGGAGCAGUUAGGCAUUAAGCUAGUGAGGCGGCCAGAGGAACAUGGGGUCUACAUCUUUCACCUGCUGGAAGGAGGCCUCGCUGCACGUGAUGGACAGUUGUGUGUUGGUGACAGAGUGCUGGCCAUCAAUGGGCACGAUCUACGUUAUGGAGCACCAGAACAUGCUGCUCUGCUUAUUCAGGCAAGUGAGGAGCGUGUCCACUUCAUAGUGUCUCGUCAGAUCUGCCUACCUGCCCCAGAUAUCUUACAAGAAGCUCCGUGGGGCAUGGACGGCCCCCCACCAUACUCCCCCGUGGAUAUAGAGCAAACACUACUGGACUCUUGUCAGAAGCCUGCAUGCUAUGAGAAGACAGUGAGUCUCACUAAAGAGCCCUAUGACUCACUGGGAAUGACGGUGGCUGGCGGCAUGUCAAGCAGAGGGUGGGACCUCCCUAUAUACGUCACAAAUGUGGACCCAGAUGGAGUGGUGGGCCAGGAAGGCUCUAUUCGCAAAGGUGACAUCUUGCUAAACGUGAACGGGGUGGAUUUGACAGGGGUGACACGAAGCGAAGCUGUGGCCAACUUAAAGAAUACAUCCUCUCCAGUUGUGCUCAAGGUCUUGGAAAUGCGUCCCCCUGAAGAAAGCUUGCAGGAGUGCACAUUGCCGACCUGUCUCACACCGUCACCCACAGAUAGCACCAAGAGCCCACUGCCCAAUGAUGAUUACUCCCCACUGUGGGUGUCAUGGCUGCAGCUACCCAGGCAUCUCUACUGCUGCAAAGACAUUGUCCUGCGGCGGAGCACUUCGGGCAGCCUGGGCUUCAGUAUCGUGGGAGGUCAAGAAGAGGUCAACUGCAAUCAAUCCUUUUUUAUCCGUUCCAUCGUAGAGGGGACGCCAGCGUACAAUGAUGGCAGGAUAAGAUGUGGGGACAUCUUGCUUGAGGUGAAUGGAAAGAGUACGUGGGGGAUGACUCACACAGCGUUGGUGCGACUUUUAAAGGAGCUUCGGGGCAGAAUUACACUGACCAUCGUCUCCUGGCCGGGCAGCCUGCUGUAGCAGCGCUGUGAAGCAUCCAGCGUUCUCUCAAUGGCACUGACCAAGGAAUGUGAAAGGCAGAGCUUUAGACUGGCUGCCCACCCUAAGCUUGCUGUGUGGGAGUGGCUUAGAGUAGCACUGUAGCUAGAUGGAUAUUUAACUUCUGAUGGACAAGUGAAACUUUGCCAGGAGUUUGAAUGGGGACAAACAUAAGACUGGGUUAUUGCCCGUGUUUAAUUUCCCCUUCAAGAACACUAAACUUGGAGGAUCCGAGCCUGAGCCACUUCUGUUGAAGAUGUUGGGCGUUAUCUGGUGACUUUCGGGUACAGCGUCCAGUGAGAAGGGUGGAGGGAUUAAGUGGAGACACAACACGUUGCCAAUUCCAGUAGUUAUAUAUUAGGGUAUGCGUUAAGUUGGACUCACAUUUCUUUACUGUAAAUGUUGGGUGUCUAAAAAAGUACUGAUCCAAGCACUUGUAAUAUGUUUCUCUUGUUUGUUUGUGGUAUGGCCUUUAAUUAUAGGCUCCAUUCUGUUUGUACUGACAGUGGUUGUCAUCUUCAUCUGUUGACCUGAGGACAAGUUGCCAAAUAGUAGUCUGUGUUGAGGUUUUUUUUUAGAUUUUAUUUCAGAGCUAUGGCUAAUUAUCAAACUACUGGCAAGAAAACUAUAUAAAAAUAAAGGAUCAAUGUGUUCAUAAUGUGUUGAAAAAUAAUAUUUAAUUAGGUGACAUUGUGGAGGCCUUACUAAUUUUCUUACUUUUAAGAAAAAAAACUGACUUGGUUUCUGUGUAUCAGUGGAUGGUGUGAGGCCCAUCUGCUGGGCUUCUGUCAGUCACAUUUUGCCCUGUGUAGUAUAUCUGAUGGUUCAUUUGGUUAAAUGAUCAAUAAAGUCAUUUAAAAAGAG